CAUAGCAAAUCGACUGGUACUCUUCGUGUGUACAUCACUAGCGUAUGUUGAAUGUUGCUGGUACUGUAGGAUAAUGACAGCUUCUCCGAUACAGUGUUGAUUUCAUUUUGUCACGUGUGUACAAGAUAAAUAGUACGGAGUUUGAACUGUUGAAAGCUAUUAUCGAGUGGUUUUGUCCCGAGGAAGAAAUAUACUGUUUGAUAUCUUAUUUAAUGAUACGGUUGGAAGAAUGAUAAAACACUAUAAUCGUGUUAUAUUUAACAGAAAACAGCGCAAACAGGGAUGUGUGGUAUGACGGUCUGACCAACCACCGACAAAAACAGUGUUUUAGCACACACAGCCAUUGCCUCGAGGUGCUAUACUUAUAAGUGUCUAACAUUACACAAUCAUUAAUUGGAAUUAUACAAAAAAUGAUGGAUUUUAGAAAGACUUACAAAUAGUCACAGUAAAAUUGUAUUUCGUGAAUGAUUCAAAUUGGAUUUAAAAAUGCUUGGAUGAAGAAAAAAGUAUGAAGCAUUUUUGGACAGUAUGGAUGUUGUUAAUGAAUAUUGCUUUAAGUAUAUCCGAUGUUGUGUAUCAUGUUCCUGAAGAACAGAGUGCUGGAAUUUUCAUAGGAAAUAUUGCAUUCGAUUCAAGUUUAAAUGUUAAUAUGAGUGAUGAGGAUUUCCGGACGUUGCGAUACAGUUUUUUGACCGGAGAUAGUCUGGUGCGUUCGAUGUUCACACUUAAUCAGUCAACAGGUAACUUGUACACAACAGACAAAAUCGACAGGGAAACAGUUUGUCAAUAUUUAGAAUCAUGCUUUUUUUCAUUUCAAACGGCAGCGCAAUCAACAAUCAAAAGUUUCUUCAAGAAAAUAACAGUCAACAUUUUCAUAGAUGACAUUAACGAUCAUUCACCUCUUUUUGAUUCUUUAAAAAUUGACCUUGAAAUAAGUGAAUCCGUUCUCGUUGGUACAGCAUUUAACAUUAACGGAGCAAGAGAUCUAGAUACAAGUCCAAGUUACUCACUACAAAAACACAUACUAGAGCCUGACAAUCUUCCAUUUUCAUUAACAUCAAUCAAAAAUUUAGAUGGAACUUCCGUUGUAAGAUUAAUAGUCGGAGGGCCGUUAGAUCGAGAAAUCCGAAAUUCAUAUCAACUCAAAAUCAUUGCACAAGACGGUGGUCUUCCAAUUCGAAGUGCUGAAUUACACGUGAAUGUGUCGAUUCUUGAUGAAAACGAUAAUGCACCAAUGCUUAGCAACUCAAUUUAUAACGUUACAGUGAAAGAAGGAGUAAGUCCCGGCUAUGUUGUAUUGAAGUUACAGGCUUAUGAUUUAGAUUUAGGGCGAAAUGCAGAAGUUCGUUACGUUUUAAGCCCUGUUCAGUCUGACACUAUCAAAAGUUUGUUUUCUGUUAAUGCCACAUCAGGUGAACUUUAUGUACUUAGUUCUUUGUCUCACGGCACAUACAAAAUUAUUGUUGAAGUAAGUGACAUGGGUGUACAGCCUCUUACGACACAAGCCCAUGUGUUUGUAACGAUUGAAGAUACCGGAAACAAUCCACCGAAAAUUCAUGUAAAUCUCCUGAGCGCUGGGGAUGUGGCCAGUAUAUCAGAGGGUGCCACCAUGGGACAAGCAGUGGCACAUAUCGUCGUGGAAGAUCAUGACUCUGGAAAUAAUGGAAUUGUAUCAUGUUUACUGAAUACCAAAUAUUUCUCUCUACAAGGACUGGACAUAAAUGAAUUUAAAGUUAUCGUUGUAGAGCCGCUGGACAGAGAAACAUCUUCCUCACAUUUAAUUACAGUGACUUGUCGUGACGCUGGGUAUCCACCGCUCAGCUUCAGUCGAGCAUUUCUAGUGGAAAUUUUGGAUGUAAAUGACAAUUCCCCUGUAUUUAGUAUGGAUGUUUAUUCUGCUUCCAUUGCAGAAAAUAAUGCUGUUGGGGACUCCCUAAUUCAAGUUGUUGCAAAUGAUGCUGAUUUUGAUAAAAAUGCACACGUCCGGUAUAUGAUACCGCAAAUCAACAGUUCUCUUGUUCAAAUCGAAUCAGAAACAGGCCUUGUACGAACGAAUGCUGUACUCGACAGGGAGCUUAUGCCAAAUGGAUUUACGUUUAGUGUGAUCGCCUUCGAUGGCGGUAGUCCAGCGCUCUACGGAACUGCAACUGUCUCGGUUAAAAUAAAUGAUGUAAAUGAUCAUACACCGGAAUUCGCAGAGAAUUUAUUUAUAUUUAUUGUUGAAGAAAACAUUAAGUUGGGCUCAAGGAUUGGGAGCCUAACUGCAUUCGAUCGUGAUGAAGGUGAUAAUGGGAAGGUAGUUUUCUCUUCUGGAAGUGAUACAGCAUCGUCACCAUUUGUACUCUACUCCGAUGGUAAAAUCAAAACAGCAAAACCUAUAGAUAGGGAGGUUACUAAAUCGUAUAACUUUACAGUCACGGCGUCGGAUCUAGGAAGUCCAACACGCAGUAGUACAGCACGUAUUAAUAUUUUCAUCGCUGACCAAAAUGAUAAUUCGCCUAUUAUCUUAUUUCCAACCGCAAAUAAUAAAACAGUAAGAAUCCCAAAGACUACUUUGCCAGGUACCGUUGUUUCUAGAAUACGUGCAGUCGAUCCCGACGAAGGCAUGAACGGGUCACUCGAAUACUUGAUUGAUAGUAGAAAUGAUUCCGGUGUUUUCCUUAUAUACCCGCAAUUAGGAGAUAUAGUCCUCCAGAAGAGUGUGGGACAUUUGUCUGGCAAGAAAUUUAUCUUGAGUUUGAUUAUUUCUGACAGAGGUAUUCCGAAAAUGUCUAGUUAUGGAAAUUUGGAAAUUGUAAUCGGGAAGGAAGAGACUUCCGGUUUGCAGACUAAUAUCGUGAUUGUUGUUGCUCUUGUUGGUGCUACAGUAAUAACUUCCGCUUGUAUAGUUGUCGCUAUUUGUAUCGUUCGAAGACUUGAUUUUCAUAGAAGAAAUUCUAAAAAUAAACAAAUUGCUCAAGUUAGCAAUUCUACAAAUUCAAACAAUGUAUUGAUAAAUGACAAUGGUGCUACUGACGAUCAGAAUUUAGAAAAUGAACGAAAAAAGAAGGAAGUGACUUUUGCAUUUCAUGUGAUUGAUAACCCACAAAAUCAGAUGAGAUUUGAAACAAGAACAAACAUUAAUGGCCCUGUUGGAACUUACGGGGACCCCCUUAACCAAAAAAUAUUAAGACAUCAAGAAGACAAUAACAGCGAGACAUCCGGAGAAACAAACACAAGUGAUAGUGGCAGGGGAUUAAGUGACGACGAAAUUAAUUUACAAAAAGGGAAGGAUCGGCGUAGACAAACAUCCAACAUCCAUUUGCAUCCUCACUUAAAGUCGUCACAUCCGUUUUUUCAUGAUGGACGAGUACCUAUAUCGCCAAUAGAUCACCCAAAAAGACUAAAAUUUUCAUUUGAUCCAAAUGCAUCUCCAAGUCCCAAUAAGGAGAUGGAAAUCAUUGGAAAUACAUUUUACUAUCAUCCAAAAUCUCCAUCGUUUGAAGAGGAUAGUGGAUCUACUUCCGGUAUACAUACGAUUGAUGAAGAUGUCCAUAGUGUUCAUUUCGCGAAUAAUGUCGUCUGAAAAAUAAUCAAAAUAAUUCCAAAAUGUAUCUGUGAUAUAUAAAUUAAUUCAUAACUAUUUCAUUAGUGCAACUAAUAAACACAUAGUAUCAUAUGCUUUCGUCAUAGUUUUAAGAGGUUAUCCGAUAUCCACAGCAACUUGCGACGAGAAGUGUCCGUAGUAUGUAGAGGAAAAGUGCAAAACACAAAUGGGGUGCACGAUUAAAAGAAGAGGCAGUCAUCAAAAAUUAGACAUAGCUAUAAAAGUUUCAAAGUUUGGUGAACAGACAUUUGCUAUGCUGGAUUUAAACUAGAUGAUACCCAGACACCAAAGACAUCGAAUGUGUUCAUACCGUACAAUGUGAUGUUGAUAUAUUUUACGGAGGUAGAUAUUUGUCUGGUGUAGUCACAACCCUGACAAUAUAAUGUUGGAAUCGAAAUGAACCCGGAAACAAAACUUGUCACCGGCUAUAUCAUUAUGGUUGGCUGACUUGGACAGUUGUUUAAGAUGAAUUGAAUAUAUAAAUCCAGGGCCGAGUAUAUUCAGUGCAGAAUGCUACCUCUAAACUAAACCUAAAAUGAAAUACUCCUUUAACUGGUCUUCCCUCCUACACAUAAGUAUUUAAUGAUAGUCUAUGCAAAUGUUGUCUUAUAGUAUAUGUUUUAGCGUCUUUGUAUUCCAAAAUAUGAAAAAAUGGUUUCAGUGUUCAAUUUUCUGUGUGUUUAACCAUUGUUAUUCCGUCCAUAUAUUUAUAUGUAAUUAAUAAUUAUCAUUAUAUGUUCUAAUACUGUAAUUGUUUAUAAAUACACUUUUCAAUUAUUGACGAAUGAUGUCAUGUCGGUGAUCACCCAGCGAUGUACUGAAUAACUAUUUACAUUUUGAAAUUAUUGCUAUUCGUGAUAGUGCACAUGAAGUUGUAUCAUUGCCUUUCAGAAUAUGUUAUCCUAUCAAACUUUAGAGGACUUCAUUCUGAUUCAAAUACAGGUCACGUGCCCUCGCUUCUCUUACAUGUGUUUUUAUAACAGAAGUGUGGAUGCAGGAUAUGCAUUUCAAUCAAUCUGAAGUGGACCACUCAUCACUGUUUCUGGAUUGCAUUCAUUUUCCCUGCUCUUUAGAAACUUGAAAAUUAUCAAAAUCAGAAGUGUAUUACUUUUGUUUCAGUGAGUCGAUUUUUUGUUGGCUUAAAAAAAUACGCUCAAUAAAUUGACAGUUUUGUGAGGUAUUAAGUCACAGGCUAAUGUUUGUAUUUUGCAGUUCAAAUGAUUUUUUCGUUUGCAUCAAGUGAUAUUAAUUAUCCUGGGACUCUUUUAAUUGCCAGAGGACAGCAAUUGAUAAAGCAAAAACUGACACUGUAUUAAUCAUACACAAAUGUGAAGACUUCAUCAAUCUUCCAGAGUUUCUUUGGACACAAUAUUAAUCGCCACCGGAAUAGGACAGAUUUAAUUUUCCUGUAUUCCUCCAUUGAUUAACAGCUAUUAGUCAUGUCGAGUUUAUACAUUGCUGACCCUUCGUACUUAAAACCGCGAUAAAAAAAAUGGAAGCAACAAAGAUGAGUCAAAGUAAAGAUUUGAACAAUCUUGUCUUUUUGUAUCAGUUUCCCUAUGUGUGUGUAAAGGUCAUCAUAUAUAAACAUCGGGAUGAUAUCAUCUGUUGCUAACUGAUAAUUUAAAUGAUGCUAGUGCUUGUUUUAAACCACUGUGUUGUAAACAUAAAAAAUAACGUUGAACAUGGUUAUGAAAUAGUUGAUAGGGUUUUUGUUCUAAAAAAAAAUCUCUUUUAAAUCUACCCACUUUAGAAAAAAUGUAUAGUGUUCCUCAUAGCAAUUGUUUUUACUUAUCUUUAUAUAAAGGCUAUGUCAAUUCUUUUUGCACUGUAAAUUAAUGAUUUUU